AUGGAAAUGGAGGUUGAGCAAGUGUUUUUGGCUCAAGAAGUUGACAUUGACUACGAGUUCGACGCCGCUCGGUGCUUUAACUUCACCAGAGAGGAAACUCCGGCGGAGGCUCGCCGAGCCGAGCUCUGGUUCGAGUCUGCCAAGAGCUACCCGCCGUCUCCUUUUGUGACAAGGUUAGUACUAGGAGCGGACAUCCUCCGGGAAAAUGUAAACAUCUCCCCAAAAUCCAGAGCCGUGGAGAAUACAAAUGACGGCGAGUGUGAUAUGGGUGGGGGCGAAGAAGUAUGUGCAAUGGAUGUAAAUAACAGAGAUUGCGGAGGAAUGAAUAGAGGGAUAUUUGGAAAUUUACAAAAAGUUCUAAAUCAACCACAUGGAACGGGUACAGGAAUGACAUUCUACAAUCACUUAGCCGGUGAUAAGCUAAAAGGUAAAAGUAAAUCUUCUGUAAAGCCAUCUUUCCCCAGGAGCUCAACUUUGAUGAAACCUACGGCAAGUCAGCUCGCUAAGCAAAAUCUGAAACCUCAAAUUGGCGGUUCCAGAUUUCAGAUGCUGCAUUUUGAAAACAACGAGAAGAGCUUAUGUAGUUCUUCUGGGGUUGAAAGUCAAGCUGCCAAGAGGCAAAAGCUAGAUGGAGGUCAUUUGCGUAAGGUUACUGACACAAAGCAGCAAGCUAAUUUGGUUCACAAGGUGCCUAAAAAGGAUGAAACUUUUGAUAAAACCACUGCACAUGCCAAGUUGAGACUUACUAUUCCAAGAGAGCCAGACCUUGAAACAGCAUAUAGGGCACAUAGGAUAAGGCCUAAGAAUGUGUCCGUGCUAGAACAAGUGACAUCAGCUCAUCGAAAAUUCAAAGCUCGUCCAUUGAACCGAAAAAUUUUCGAGGCUCCUUCAUUGCCACUCCCAACAAGGAGCACUCCAAAGUUGCCAGAAUUUCAAGAAUUUCACCUCAAGACAAUGGAAAGGGCCAUGCAAAAUACAUCUGCUGUUUCAUCAUCCUCACAUUGUUUCAAUGAUCCUGAGAAGGGUUUGGACAAACGUAGUAUUUCUACUGUUGCAGAAAAUGGAAACAGAGAAUCUAGAAGACCAAGUACGGUGGAUGGUCCCAAGCAGGAUGGAAAUGAAGUAAUGCAAAAAUUCAAAGCUCGUCCUCUUAAUAAAAAGAUUUUAUCUAGCAAAGGAGAUAUUGGUGUUUUCUGGAAUAACAAGCGGGAAACCACUGUACCAAUGGAAUUUAAUUUUCAGACAGAGAGGAAAAAUCAGCAGUUUCCACCAACGGAUCUCUUCAGUAAGCUGUCUUUGACAUCUGAGCUCCAGCCAAAGAAUGGAUCACGGUUGAAAGUGUCUCAGCCUACAUCUUUAUCUAUGAAGGACUCAAAAGAAAAUAGAUCGAAUUUUUUCCAACCAGAACACAAGAUAAUGGUCAAAGAAAAACCUUCUCUGUUUGGUGCAAAGCAGGCUCAAUAUGGGGGUGACAGGUGCACCACUGAUGUUGAUAACAAAUUGAGGAUGAGGAGUUUUGGCGUCCGUUGA